GAAGACCUUGAUAACAUGACGGGUGCUGACCCAUUAAAUAUUAAUGCUCGCCUGCUUCAAAUUGCAUUCAAAUGUAAAUCAAGCUCAAAAGUCGUCGAUAUAAAUCCCAGCAAAUUUGACCAACAAGCUCAUUGUGUCAGCGUGGCAGCUAGUGUUCUGUUACCUUCAUCAGCAUCAGCAUCAGCAUCAUGUCCAAAGUUCAAGGAAGUCGACGAUGUGGUCAUCUCUGGUCUUGGCGGGUACUUCCCAAAGUCCCGUCAACUGGAUGAGUUUAAGAAGAAUCUCAUGUCUAAUGAGAGUCUUCUGGAGAGUCGUUGGAAGGAAGGUGAACGUGGAAUUAGUAACAAGUUAGGAGUGGUCCCUGAUAUUGAAUUUUUCGACCCGGCUUUCUUUGGUAUCCAUCGCCAGCAGGCAACCUUCAUGGAUCCUAUGCAGAGAUUGAUGUUAGAAAGAACCUGUGAAGCCCUUUGUGACGCAGGAUUGAACCCUGCUGAAAUCCGUGGUAAACGUGUUGGUGUCUACAUGGGAUCAUCCAUUGGAGAGAACGACAACCUCUUCUACGAAUCAAUCGUUUCUGGUUUUGGAGUAACUGGUCACUCUAGAGCAAUGAUGGCUAAUCGCAUUUCUUACUGGUUGAAUCUCAAAGGCCCCAGUUGUUCCUAUGACUCGAAUUGGAUUAAUGGUAUAGAAGUUUUGCAAAUGGGUUAUGAUGCAGUCAGGCAUGGUCAUUGUGAUGCCGCCAUUGUGGGUACUGUUAACUUGGCCCUGAAUUCAGAAAUUGGAUGGUUGUAUAAUGAUAUGGGUUUGUUGUCCCCGGAUGGGUCAACUAAGGCUUUUGAUGCUGAAGCAACUGGUUAUGCAAGAUCUGAUGGUGUGAUUGCGAUUGUUAUUCAGAGGGCUUCUGAAGCAAAAAGGAGUUAUGCAACCAUCAUGGGUACAGCCACAGAAUACAAUGGACAUCGUGAAGGUACGCUGUUGGAUGUAGAUCAGAAUGGCAUGAGUGAAUUCAUUAAGAACUUCUAUAAAAACAACUGUAAAGUGAAGCCUGAUGAUGUGGGUUUCGUGGAGUGUUAUGGGUCUGGAUUAAAGAGGAUUGAUGAAAUUGAACUGAAUGCCAUCGAUGCUGUCUAUUCCCCUGGUCGUACGAAGCCUUUGAUGAUUGGUUCUGUUAAAACCAACUCAGGUCAUGCUGAAGCAUGCGCCAACUUUGUCUCAUUAGCAAAGGUUCUCAUCGCUUUUGAAACUGGAGUUAUACCCGCCACAAUCCAGUACAAGACUCCAAACCCCAACAUCAAAGGUUUAAUUGAUGGUCGCCUCAAAGUAGUGGAUAAAAACACAGAAUGGGAUGGUGACUACGCUGCAAUUCAUGGUAUAGGUCUAUCUUCAUCAUAUGCUCAUUGUGUAUUGAAGAGGAACGUCAAGAAGAAGGUACCUAUUGUUGAUGAUAUCCCUAGGUUGGUUCUAGCAUCAACCAGAACCGAGGAAGGCAUUAAAGAGGUUUUCGAUGAUAUCAAGAAGCAACCUUACGAUCCAGAGUACAUUGCCCUAGUUCAAAACUUCUUCUCCAAAACCAUCCCUGGUCAUUUAUACAAAGGUUAUUCCAUCAUGGAUAGUAACGAAGAAAUUGUCCGUGAGACUGAAUACUUCCCUGGCAACAAACGUCAGACCUGGUUUAUCUACUCUGGUAUGGGCAGUCAGUGGAACAUGAUGGGCAAGCAAUUAAUGGAACUACCCAUAUUUGCUGCUACCAUUCAAAAGUGUCACAAUGUAUUAACACCAUUUGGUUUAGACCUCAUCCAUAUCAUCACCUCUGAUGACCCAACUAUCUUUGAUAAAAUCCUUCAUAGUUUUGUUGGUAUUGCAGCAAUCCAGACUGCAUUAACAGAUAUCUUGAAUGCCCUGGGCAUAGUUCCCGAUGGUAUCAUUGGUCAUUCAGUAGGAGAGUUAGGUUGUUCCUAUGCUGAUGGCUGCCUUACAGUUGAACAAGUAAUGAUGUGUGCAUAUUCCCGCGGUAAGGCAUCUCAAGAUGCAGAAUUGAUCCCUGGCAUGAUGGCUGCUGUUGGUUUGGGUUACAACCAAAUCAAAAACCAACUCCCUGAACCCAUUGAAGUUGCUUGUCAUAACAGCGCAACCAGUUGUACCCUAUCAGGACCUAAAGCCGACAUGGAGAAAUAUGUCAAGGAAUUGACUGAUAAGGGAAUAUUUGCCAGAUUGGUUAAUGUAGCCAACAUUGCCUACCAUAGCAGAUACAUCAAACCAGCUGCACCAUUCUUACUUAAAUAUCUCGAGAAGAUCAUUCCGGACCCCAAACCGAGGAGCUCAAAGUGGAUCAGUACUUCAGUACCAGAAUCCCAAUGGGAUCGAGAGGAUGCUAAAUGGUGUUCAGCCACAUAUCAUACUAACAAUCUUCUUGGUCAGGUCUUGUUUGAAGAAGGAUCUAAACAUGUACCCAAAGAUGCUGUGUGUAUUGAAAUAGCUCCUCAUGGUUUACUGCAAGCCAUCAUCAAGAAAUCAUUCAAAUCUGGUUGUACAAAUAUUCCAUUGACCAUGAGAGGAACCAAAAAUGGUGUUCAGUUUCUUCUCAGUGCCAUUGGUAAAAUGUAUUUAUCUGGUAUAGAUCUGAACCUUGGUAAUAUCUUCCCAACUGUGGAGUAUCCCGUGAGUCGUGGAACAGCUUGUGCUGCACCUCUCAUUCGCUGGGAACACGGAGAAACCUGGCGUACUGGAUUGGAAGACAAACUUAAUUAUCUGGUUAGCGUUAAAGACGUUCCAAUUUCAAUUGCUUCCGAACAGUUUAGAUACUGUGUCGGACAUCAAUUGGAUGAUCGUAUUAUUUUACCAGUAUCUUCAUAUUUGACUAUUAUGAUGAAUAUCUUCAGUGCAAGUCGGUCUGUGGAAAUUAACGAAGCUAUUUUUGAAAAUAUCCGGUUUAGGAAUGUUAUUACUAUUCCCAAAGUUACUUCUGUUCCAUUUUAUGGAAUGGUACAACGAGGUAGUGGAGAAUUUGAAAUCUUAUCCGGUGAAGAAAUUAUCUGUACAGGAAAAAUCACUGUUCCCCAACCAACUGAUGAAUUCAUGGUUAAAACCUAUGAUAUUGAUGAUACAAAGGAUGUUGUUGAAUUAAACGCUUCUGAUUUGUAUAACGAGUUCCUCCAUCGUGGACAUAAAUAUACAGGAACAUUCAGAAAGAUUAAAAACCUGAAACUUGCAAAAGAAGGUUCUGUCUCUACUGUGCCAGGGAAUAUGACAUGGCAGGAAUAUUUAGAAAUGAUGUUACAACAAAAUUACUUCAAGCAAGGUGAAAAGUAUCAGAAUAUAACCAUUCCAAUGGUGAUUGAACGUGUAAACAUCUCCAUUCCAAAACUACCAAAAUCAGAAACAGAUGUUAAAAUGUCUUAUGAUUAUUCUACUGGGGUAUUGGAUAUGCCUGGAAUCCAACUUUGCAAUGUCACUACAACCAUUCUACCAACAGUAUCAAAACCAAUAUCUUUUGAUGCAAUUGACUUGGUCACUCUGGAUGGUUGUUAUUGUGAUAAUCUUGAAACUGCGAUUAACUACAGCUUGAAUUUGACAAUUCAGAAUUACAAAGAGGCAAUGGGAAGCAGCAUUUUAAUCUAUGAAGUUCUACAGAAUCAAAAAUCCAACUUCAAUCUCAUAAAAUCCGUUACUGAUAAGUACAAACAAUUGAGUGCUAAUAUCAAUUCAGUUCAGGACCCAAAGAUUAUGAUUGUUUACCAAACCGAACCCAUUCUGAUAAUCGUUGAUGGAGAUUUACAUGCUGAAACAGCAAAUGCAUUAUUAACUUCAGAUGCUUUUGCUUUGGUGAAAUCAAGUUCCAAAGUAACUGCAAGAAAUGAUUUGAUGACUCUAGCUGUAUUUAAUGUCAACAAUCAAUCUUAUUCUUUGGUAACAAAGUCAGAAAAACGGCCAAUUAAAUUUGUCCAAGUGAAAGCUGAUACUUUAACAGCCAAAGAUGUGAUUAAGGGAUCCUUGGCAUGGUCUUCAGAAUUGAAAACUAUUUUAUCCAGUGCCCAACCCAAUGAAUCAGUCUACUUAUGUGCUCAGGUCACACCAACAGAAGGUCCGGUGUCAUUCAUUGACGAAAUCAGAAGUAACGAACAAUUUAAACAGUUGAAAUUCUUCUUUGAUUUGGAUAAGAAGACUGUUGACUUCCAAACCAUUCUGAGAAAGAAUUUAUUGCUGUUGAUUCAGAAGAAUGGUAUUCUUGGUACUUCUGCACAAUGCUCCAUUGAUUUUAAGACCAAUGUGAAGAGUGAUUUGCAAUUGACAAGUUUAUAUUUUAAAGCUACUGCGCAAAGUGGUUCCCUUGGCGAUGGUAAAUUGGACUGCAUUGGUAUCAACUCCAAUGAUGAAACUUUGAAUGUCAAAAAUGUUGGACUUGGAAACAUUGACUAUUGCUUGAUCAAAGGGAGUCAGAAAACAAUUGGUUUGGCAUAUCUAGACAAAAGUACCUGUAAUCUGGUUCCGGAUGGUAUUUUGAAAUGGAGAGUCCCUGAUUCUUGGUCAUCCGAAGAUGCGUGUACUGUUCCUCAUGCAUAUGCUACAGCUUAUUAUUCGUUGAUCCAACGUGGUAAAUUGGAAGCUGGAGAAACUGUCCUUAUUCAUGGCGGAUGCAGCGCUAUUGGUUUAGCGGCUAUUUCUAUAGCAACCAAUAUGGGCUGUACUGUUUUUGCUACAGUAGCAACUGACUUCCAGAGAGCUUACCUGAAGAAACAAUUUUCAAGCCUUAGAGAUAGAAAUAUCUUGUCUUCUGAAAAUACCACAUUUGAAUUACAAUUACUGGGAGCAACCGGUGGAAAUGGAGCUCAGGUUAUCCUGAACACCGUAACAGAUUCUUUGUUCCACGCUACUGCUCGUUGUCUUGCAGCUUACGGACGUCUCAUCCAACUUGGUAAAAUUGAUAAAACCAAGAAUAACACCAUGGGCAUGAGUAUCUUCCUGAAAAACACUUGCUUCAUGGGUGUCGUCCCUGAGAAAAUAUUUGACGCACGUGAUGAACUUAAAAUCCAACUUAGAGAUUUAGUCCAACGUGGAAUAGAUAAAUAUGUGAUUAGACCAUUGAAUAGAAAAGUGGUCCAACAUCAAGACUUUGCUGGUAUUCUCAAUACUUUAAUCGCCCCUGGAAAUAUUGGAAAAAUUAUCAUAAAAUUAACACAGGAUCUUGUUCUGAGUCAGUUGAACAUUGAAAAGAACAAUCAAUUCAUCUGCGACACUCGUGGUACCCAAUUAGUAUACAAUGGUGCUGCUGAUCUUUGGAUAGACCUGGUAGAAUGGUUAGUCCUCAGAGGAGGAAGGAAAAUCUUUGUUGUGACCGAUUCCAAUAGUAAACCUUUGAAUAUCGCUGUGCAAAGAAGAUUGAAUUUGCUAAAGAGCCACUUUGGGGCUGAUAUUAACACUCUGCCAAAUAAAAUUCAAACCAAGGAGAACGCAGCUGAAUUAAUUGCUCAGUUAUAUCAAGCUGGAGCAAUCCAGGCGGUACACAUCUUACCAAAUAAAGAAGUUUUAAGACAGAGUGAUAUUAAAUCUAUACAAUAUAUUGAAUCAGCUCUGAGGACAGCUGCUCCAAAAGCGUUGUUCAUUAACUAUCUGCAUUCAGUCAGUGGUAUUUCUGAAGGACGUAUUGAUGCUGGUUUCCCAACUUAUAAUAUUUUGUGGGAUGAAGGGUUGAAUAUUACUGAUGUCCUCAGUGUGAUGGAUGACAUUCUUUCCUAUAGAAUCGGGUGUGUUUAUGUGAAGAAUGAUCAAGUGAGCGAUAUUAACCAUGAUACAGUACAAGCCCUUUAUAAAAAAUUGUCUAUGAUGUUACCAAACAGUGGAACUGAAUUGACUGAGGAUUACAUUGAUCUGCCGCAACAACCUGAGUUGAUCCAACUGCCAUCUUCAGGUCCAAGGAAAAUCAGGGAGUUACCACCACUUAUUAUUGUCCCUGGUUUUACCAAGACCAAAAUUGUUAGGGAGUUUGCUUUGGAGUUAUUGUAUCCAGUGUUUUGUGCACCGUUACCACAGACUCCAAUGUCUAUUAAUGAUGCUGCUAAGUCUUAUGCUCAGAAAAUACGAAACCUAUACAAACGUGGACCGUACAAUAUCAUUGGUAUUUCAUGGGGAGGACCAUUGGCAAUUGAAAUCGCCCGUAUUCUACAAUCCUAUGCAAACACCCAGGUGACUCUUCUAGAUGCAGCUCCAGAUACAAUUCAAUCUUCUCUGAAGUGCAUCGGAGAGGGCGCCACAGGCGAAAUUGAACUCCUGAAUAGAAUCUUAAUGAUCAACGAUACUGCUUUCUUGAAGAGUCUUAACUCUUUGCCAUCCUGGAACAAUCGAGUUGACGCCGCUCUAAAAACCUACAAAGAAACAGAGGAAAACAAAUCCUCUCUGAAAAUCAGCCUCAACGGAGUCAAACGUCUAAUCGACCAAAUCAUCGAAUAUAAAGAAUCAACAACAAAUAAACUAAUUGGUAAAUGUUUCCUGAUUCGACCCACCAAUAGCAGUAAAUUCGAUGAUUGUGGAUUGAAGAAAAUAUUCGAAUUGAUGCCCAAUAUUUUCGUCUCUUCAGGAGAUCAUUUAUCAGUGCUACAUGCAGAGAAAACCAUUGAUUAUAUCAAUGAGCAUGUCACUGUCAAAUAAUUAUUUAACUAAAAUUUGUAAUAAUUCACUUUGCAAAUAAAUGGUUGCGGGAUUAAAAA